GUUUCGAAUACCCUACAUGUGUUUCAAUGUAAUGUCGUCUUUUUUAGAUUAUGUGAUACAAUCAGCUGCACAAUCCAGCCAUUUACAGACUCCUACACGUAUACGUUAGGCUAUCUGUUAGCGUGGGAAAUUGUACUGGAAAUCUGCGAAAAGGCUCAUAGUAGUUUACGAUAUCAAUAUGCCGAAAUAUUGAAAGACGAACUUUUCCCCUGUUUGUUGAACAACAUCUUCAAGUUGAUGCCCGUGGAAGUGCUACAAGAUAAUAAAAAUAAAACGGCAAAACUACUGGAAUUAUUUACCACUGUUCCAGUUUUUCGUUUUAAAGAAAGUUGGACAGACACGAAAUUGGAUCAUAUCAUAUGUUGGUUGUAUACAAACUGCUUGCGGCGUCUACCAGUAUUAGUUAGACAAUGGCUGAGUACAGUUGAUAGCAGAGUCGGUGCAACGGUGGACAAAAUUACAAGUCAUUACGUCAGUCCUAAACUUUGUGAAGAUGAGCUUCUGUACAGCAAAUUACAAUUGGAUAAUGUUGAAAACCUGCAGGUAAAAGUGCAUUCAACAGCGAGGAAAGUAAUAGCCAUGUACCAAAUGGAAGAAACGAAAUUGGAAAUAAGUAUAACGCUACCACCAAACUACCCGUUAGGUAGAGUUAAAGUAGAAUGUGGUCAACAGAUAGAAGAUGCGACAAAGCCGAAAAAUGAUCACAUGGAACUCUCCAAGUUUCUUACACAUCAAAAUGGCUCUGUUUGGGAUAGUCUUCUAAUGUGGAAACGCGAGCUAGACAAGAAAUUUGCAGCCGUCGAAGAAUGUUACAUAUGCUUUAGCAUUUUCCAUAUUAGCACAUACCAUUUACCAACAUUGUCGUGUCACACCUGUCGCAAGAAGUUUCAUACUCGCUGCUUGUACAAAUGGUUCAAUACGAGUCAAAAAUCCACCUGCCCGAUUUGCAGAAAUGUAUUUUAAUCUGGUUUGGAAAAGUUUUUGUACAUAGAGCGAAAGUAUUAACGGUACGAAAAUUAAGUAAAAACAAUACAAAGAGAGAGAAAGGAGGAGGAGGAGGAUGAAAGAAAGGAGAGGAG